GAGUCUUAGCUAUAACAGUCUCACGGGCUCCAUUCCUGACAGCAUCUCUGCGCUCACGGCACUCAAAUUGUUAGAUUUGAAGUACAACCAACUUACCGGGCCUAUUCCAGCCGCAUUUGGGAGUCUUUAUGGACUGCAAACCAUGAAUAUUGAUGGCAACGACGUCACUUGUCCUGCUGACAACGCUAGCUGCGGCCAAACCCCAGUGGCACAGGCGGGCUUAUGCUGGAAGUGUGACACCUUCACCUUUUGUAUUACAUGCCAGCGACCAACAGGUUUAUUCGGAGGUGCAUCUGGAGGUGGAGCCGGAACUCCCUACUCCCCUUCUGCCUCACCGCCACCACCUAAGCCUAUUG